AUGCGCUGCUCCUCUCCACCUCCCACACCCAUAACCGGUCAUUCUAAUACGUACAGGUUAAUACAUGGAUAUAUCGUGCUAAGGAUAAACUGUAACAAAGGGUCCGGAUGGUAUAUAAAGUCGUCCGUAGAUCAUCUUCUCAGUUCGCUUUGCGUCUUCGCUCAUAACAGCAAUAUGAAUUAUCGUCAGUUAACGAAAGUGCUAUUGCUGCUAUCGUGUUUUAUAAGUCAUGCAUUUGCUGGAUUGCUACCGGGUGGUAAUACCGGUGGAAGUGGUUAUCAAUACAACAGACCAGGUGGAACUGGAUUUGGAGGAGUUCCAGGGACAUUCACUGGAGGAGAUUUAGGAAGGGGUAGUGACUUUGGAGGUGGAUUCAAAAGACCCACUACGUUAUACGGAGCACCAGGUAGUGGUGGUGAUAUUGGAUUUGGUGGACGUCCAUCUACUGCUUAUGGCAUUCCUGGGCAGUUUGGUGGUGGUGGUGGUGGUAGUGGAAGUUAUCAGGAUGCUGGUUAUGGUCAGGAUAAUGGAAGACCUCAACCAUAUAGCUUCCAAUAUGAAGUGUAUGAUCCCCCUAGUGGCAAUGACUACUCUCAACGUGAGAGUAGCGAUGGAAACGUAGUACAAGGAGAAUAUAGAGUGUUAUUACCAGAUUCGAGGACGCAAAUCGUGAAGUAUAUGGCUGAUGAUGCAAAUGGUUAUACUGCCGAUGUUCAAUAUGAGGGACAGGCUCAAUUUUCUCGAGGAGGUAUUGGAUCUGGAGCUUAUGGGACACCUGGUCAGACAGGAGCAGGAGGAUAUCAAGGAGAUGCUGGCGUAUUUGGUGGAACUAGUGGACAAUUCGGCGGACCUACAGCUAGCAAUCAGUAUCUACCACCACGUAACAAUUAUCGGAAAUAA